AUGGCAGGCUCCGACGGUAGCGAAGAUGCCGAAGCCGGUCUGCAAACGCCGAGAGCACAGACAGCCUCCACCUCGGCAUCUUCUGCUGCCCGGAAAGCUCGCCGCUAUGGAUUUGCGUGCUCAAGCUGCAAAGCUCGCAAGGUCAAGUGCAGUGGAAUUCGGCCCAUCUGUACGGGAUGCCGCCGGUCCGGGGAGACGUGCAGCUGGCCGACACAGACCUCGGCCGAGUCCCGACUUCGAGAGGCAAAUGCUCGCAUCCGGAAUCUAGAGGCAUCAAUAAGGAGUCCGAUUCGGUCUUCCAACGAGCCUCAGCCAGAACUCGAGACACCUGAUACCGACGCUACGAAUGCCGGUACGGCUCGCAGCCACCCACUUUCUCAUGAUGGCAGUCGCGCUGCUGAAGCCAAUACCGACACGGAGGGUUCACUUUGGUUCCAGGUCGGUCUCGGAGAAGACGGUACUGUGAUCUACAACGGUCCGACGAGUCGUUUUCACGCUGGGUCCCUCGAGGAAACCCACUUGACCGGCGAAAAUCAGGAUAGCGACCCCAAACGAGCGCAAGUAGAAGUUCUACAGUCUCAGUAUGCUCUGAUGGACUCUGUAUGGCUCCCCCUCAUCGCUGCGAAACCAGCAAUGAACGGCACCGGCAUUGACACCACUCUCGGCAUGGCCCUGCUUGAUAUCUACUGGACCUGGCUACACCCACUUCAUAGCUGUGUGUACAGACCUAUCCUGAUGAUGGAUCUUGCUCUAGGGGGGCCAUAUUGCACCGACUUCUUACUCCUAUGUAUCUUCGGUCUAGCAGCUCGGCAUCUGCCUGAACAAGUUACCGCAGCAGGUGGAGUGGAGAGAGGCGACCAGUUCAUCACACGUGCAAGGGAGCUGUUACUGAAGGAAAUGACGGCCAUGAAGCCAGCGAUUCCUACAAUUCAGGGGUUGCUGAUUCUUGGCGGGCGCCAGUGUGCCAUGGGGAAAAGCUCCGAAGGUUGGUUAUACACCGGCAUGGCAGUACGGAUGAUGAAAGACAUUGGGCUUCAUCUGGACAUCACUAAGCUCUCCAGGCUUGAGAGAUGGACACCUGCUGAGAUAGAGACUCGAAAGAGGCUGUACAACUCGGCUUACAUCUGGGAUAAGACACUGAGCCUGGCCCUAGGCCGUCCACCCUCUCUGAUACGACGUCCUUACCCUGCUCAGGAUAUACUGGAUAAAGUUGACGAUCAACGCUCUUGGAAGCCUGUUCAAGCUACUGAAGUCUCCGAAAACUUCGUUGCUUCGCCUUCCUGGACGACAACAGCCUUUUGUGCGUUUUGUCGGCUUCACGAAGCCACUACGGAUAUGAUGUUGCUGUUCUCGAGCACAAGCAGGAACGAGGAGUUCACUACACAGAUGGAGGAGCUUGAUAGCAGGAUAUGCCAGUGGUAUGAUGAGAUUCCAAGUCCAUUAAGAAUCGAGGACGCAUCCAUGUUGGAUCAAAGCCCUCCGCCACACAUUGUGUCAUUAAAGUAA